AUGUACUCAAAUAGAUUCAGAAUAAUCCAACACAACGUCCUGAAUUGGCGCACGAGAAAACACGAACUCUCCAACACAUAUCUGAAGGAAGAUCCAGAUAUCAUAUUAAUCAAUGCUCAUUGUGUCCAGAAUAACGAGCAAAUAAAGAUCUUUGGUUACAAUGUCCAUCAAAGAAACAUACUAAACGAAGGCGAUGCAGGAGUUGCAAUAUGCAUCAAGAGACAUAUAAAACACAAAAUCAUAGACGACUUCAAUGAGGACUUCCUCGCAGUUGAACUGCAGACAAAUCGUGGCAAAUUCAUAAUCGGCACAGCAUACAUGCCGCCCCGACGCCCACAAUUUCCUUACCCAGACAUAAUGAAAAUAAUGCGAACCAACAUCCCCGCAUACAUCAUUGCUGACUUAAACGCCAAACACCGAACGAUCGGCCACAACAGCAACAAUCUCAUGGGUGACGAAUUAGUAAAUUUAAUAAACCAAAAUAUGAUCACCCACAUUGGCCCGGACUUCGAUACCUUCGUCAGCACAAGAGGAAAAGGUCGUCCAGAUAUUAUUCUUGGGAAUAAAAACGUCCAUAUGAACCAUGCUAUCCAACAAGGACCACUAACCACGUCAGACCACCUACCCAUAGUCUUCACCUUAUCAACAUCACCCAUCAUGAUCCCGCAAAAAGAAAUGUUCAUUCUAAAAAGGGCAGACUGGGAACUUUUCAAAAAAGACGUAGAUGACCAUAUGACCAUAGAAGACGCUGAGAACACAGUAAUCAGCAAAGAGUAUAUCAAUACCGAAAUCGACGCAUGGUACACCACCGUUGAAAGAGCAAUGGAUAAAGCCAUACCAAAGAAAAGGUUUGCUACUUUACCACACCCAUUAACAAGUAAUCGUCUGAAAUUACUAGAAUGGAGAUAUAAAAAUAUCUUAAACGCCGUCGAACAUAUUGGUUGGACAACAGCAUCACGAAACCAAUACAGGGAAAUACAGGAAGACCUGAAAGAAGAAAGUAAAGCCCUAUACACAAAUCACUGGAACAACCUAAUAAAAACAACAGAGCUUGAGUACAACAACCCUAAAAAGUUCUGGGGGAAAAUAAGACGGUUAAUGGGAUGCAAACACAAUCAGGCUCCAUACAUACUGAAUGAAAGAAUGAGAAAGUCUUUGACAGCAAACAGAAAGAAGCAGUUUUCAGAAACUUCUGGAAGAACAUCUUUAACAUCACUCCAGAAGAUAACAGAACUUUCGACCUGCAACACGAAGCCCAGAUAA